AUGCCGCCGCAUGUCGAGGAAUCGCUGCAACGAGGUGCGCUCAUGAGCAAUAACUGCGACCGCAGCGCGCAUUUCCUGAAGAGAAUGGCUGAAGAUCUGUUCUGCCGACUAGACCCCGGAGCGAAGGUCAGCUGGAUGAUCCUCGUCCCUCAAGGCCGAUAUACCUUCGCUUUUAAUAAGCCAUUCCGUGCAGUACAGCACUCUGUCCUCUUGGUAGAUCUCAGUGACGGCCGACAACUCAUCCUAGAUCCCACCGGCGAACAAUUUGGCAUUCCGCGCGAACACCGGUUCCUCCCAGCUCAUGAGUACAUGAAGCGGUACAUGGUGCCGAGCGACGAUUGGGAGGGACGGCGAACCUGGAUCCUUCUCGACGCGGAAAACGAGCAGGAAAUGGUAGACAAGAUUGAGCUAUUCUGGAAGAACGCCAAAGAGACUGCAGAGAGCUGUGUCGAAGUCUGGGUGAAGAACAUACUCUUGCUCAGUCAUUCUUCGUUGGAGGUAGUGUUAGACUCUGGUACACAGUACAUGGACCAGGAGGAGAAGCUAUUGGACAUGUUUGAGAGAGAGCUGGCCAAGCAGGGAAGUGGAAGCGAGAAGGAAGAGGAAGAAGAGGAAGAAGAGGAGGAAGUGGGCGCCAUAGGUAACAUGGCUGACAAUACCGAUUGA